GUUGUCUCAUGAAAACCUUCUAAUUAAUGAAUUAAUUCGGGAGUAUUUGGAAUUCAACAAAUACAAGUAUACAGCAUCUGUCCUCAUAUCAGGUAAGAGGUUAUUGUUACUUACCUGAAACAACAUCUGCUUUUUCCCUGCCUUCAAUUCUCAGAAAAUAUUUACGCUGGAAAUCCGAUUCCAUUACCACAGUGUCAUCUGAGUGACAGGGACAUAAACGUCUCAUGGGUUCUUUCCAGAGCUUGAACAAGUUCUCAUGGGGCUUAUUGUAUUGUAGGGGAAAGUAGAUAAACACUAGGUGCACCCUUUGAAAAAUUGCCUGAUACUGAGAAUAAGCAGUUGUUGACAUUUUGUUUGCUGCUAGCUUUUUUCUAUAGAUAUACUUUAAAAAUACAGUUUUGAUGUAUAUAGUUUUUGUUAAAAAAUAUGAAGCACUAGAGAUAAAACUUCAAAAUACUGCUACUAUUAUAGGUGAGGGAUAUAUGCAAAUGUGUGUAAAAGCGUGAUAUUUGAAAUGGAUUAGGAAGGAGUUUACUUUCCUCUUGGGAGUUAACCUUGGUAUUGGGGGGAGGAGAUGGACAGUUGAAGAGACAUUUAUCUGUUAAACUUUAUUUGUGAAGAAAGUAAACUGAAAGGAAUGCACGGUAGUCAAGACUUUCCUCUGGGCUGAGGGAGAAAUGGGAUUGGAAGGAUUGCACCUGUAUCAUUUGAUGGCCUUGUUUAAGCUUUGCUCUGUGCUUUAAGAUUGUUUCACCUCUCAUUAAAGAAAAGAAACCAUGAAGUAGAUUUUGGAAGAGAGAAUGAGUUCUUUGAGAUGCUGGGACUUUGAUUUAACAGCUCUUUUAUUGAUAUUCUAGAUGUCUUAUUUAAUGUUAAGCAUAUACCUUAACUGAAUAAUGACCAGGAUUUUUAGUGGUCUAAGGAUCUUCAGUAUCAGUAUCCACUUUCCUCAGUUUGUUACAGAUGGCUACAUAAUACUAUUAGUACUCAGAAAAGAAGAAAAUUGUGAAAAUAGAAUGAACGCGGUCUUGGACUUGGGCUUCCCUAAAAUGAAGUAUGAAUCUGGUCAGCCUGUAGUACCAUUGGACAGACAGUUUCUCAUUCGGGAACUAAAUGCAUUUGAAGAAUCAAAGGAUAACACAAUACCUCUUUUAUAUGGAAUUUUAGCUCAUUUCUUGCACGGAACUAAGGAGGACCUCCAAAAUCCAUUUUCGAGAGGGUCUUCACUUCAGCCUCCAAACCCAGAUCUUGGCAGACAAUCUAGCGGAAGAAGGCAAAGGGAUGACCACCUAAGAAAGGAGAAGGGGAGUAUUAAUAAUAUUGAAGAUCCUCUUGUUUCUCAAGCAGUAAAGAGAUGACAUUUCCAUCUGAGGCGUCUUUUGUCUUAAAAUUGUGUGUAUUCAGUACCAUACUUAUUCUGCCAACAUUACCAAAAUACAUCACUAAUGUUUGUACUGUGUAGAAAUUCGAGUUUCUGCAGAACAUUUAGCCCCUCCUGUUUUACUACAUUUGUGAAUAAAAACUAACUUAUAGCUUCCAGCUUCUUGGAUUUGACUUGAAAGAGAAAAAAAAUACUGUUUUCAGAAGGUAUGAUAAAGUUUUUUAAAUUUGUAAGAGCUAAAGGGAUUUUAUUAGUACCUGUAUGUUCUUAAAAAAAAAAGUCCAGGCCUUUAUAGCCAUAUGCUCUGCUCUUUAACAAGGUUACAUUAAUUAAAUUUCCUUCGGGCUGGAAUUAGGUGGAUUUGUAGAAAAAUCCAUUCAUGUUCUGAGAAAACAUUUAAAAGAACACUAAAGCCAGAAAAAACUAUUUUCUAUAAACUUUGUUUUUUUCCUUAUGAUUAGUGGUUUUUCAGAUAACCAUUUAUAAUUAGGUUUAGAUAUCUGAAUUACUAUCUAAAUUUGAACUUUUAAACUAGGUAACAAUGUACUUUUUCUUUCCUUGGACCAUUUUGGCUUCUAUUGGAAGAUUUAAUUAAAAGGAAGAGGGGGAAAUAAUUCUUUUAAUUUUGCUGUAAGUAAAACAAAGAGUUUAUUUCAUUAUAUAAAGAAUGUGGAGUAAGCAUGAAGAGACAGGCUUUAGGAGAAAUACCAGAAGGCACUUUUUAAAAGAUGGCAUUGUGUAACCUCCGUGUGGCCUUCAGCUGUGCACUUACAAGGCGAGCUACGCCAGGGGCCGCCACUACCUACUCGGGCUCCGGAAGUCUCAUUAAAUGCCAGUUUUUCGUUCUUGGGAUAAAAAAAAAAAAAAAACCGGUGAGAGCUCUUAGUGUGCGAUCUCUAAAAUGCUAUUUUGAUAUUUAUUCAGACAUUUUUAUAACGUGGAGUCUCCAGACCGAUAUCCCUGACAACACCUGUUACAAUAGCGCCCGGUCGGCCGGAAGUCGCAAAGCGUGUUCUGGGCGUGAACUGCGCGGGCUCCAGUUUACUGACCGAGUUUAGCUUGAACAUUUUCCACAGGGAAAGUGAUCGUGGCUGGAGCUGGAAAAAUUGGCGUCCUCUUCAGGGUGCGGACUCUGUGCUGCCUGUGGAAAUUACUGAAACUUUUGACUUUCUGUGCGGUGGUCAGCGUUCAGUCCUUACACCUUAACCAAGAAUUUUUAUCUGAGUGCCAAAAGUUGUUAUCCCCUCAAGACAUACUUGACAAGUGAGAGGAUUUUGCGAGGCCCUGUUGACGAGCUAGAAUUACUUACAUAGAUUGAGAAGUGCCAUCAGGGCUCAUUUCCAUUUUUAAAAUUAAAUCUGUAAUCUAUGGUAACUGUCACGAAUUCCGUUGUAUUGGGUGUGGGGAUAUGAACAUCUGAAUUCUUCUCAGAAGACUUGGUUUACAUGCAAGGAUGUUGGCAACGGACGCUAAGUUCACCUCAGGAAUUACAAUCAUGCAGGACUAGAUUAAGAAAAAAUUCUGGACUUUAUCAUUUUGGAUACUGAUACAAAGUCAUCACAAUAGAAGCUCAACAUAAUUGUCGCAUGUAGUCGAUAGUGCUUUUGUAUGCAUUGUCCUGUCAUUUGCACCCAGGCCACUUUUAUACUUUUGAUGUAUCAUUUAAUAAAAAACACUGGAGCAACUCA